CUGCCUUCGUUCCCACGUUACGAGUUGUGUGUCUCAUCUUCCUGCCUUCCCUCUGCUUCCCUGGCUGCUUCUUGGAUCUUGACCUCCCGUCUGGACACGGACUCUGACGCCUCGCUAUAGCCCCCGACUUCCUGCCUGCUCACGGACCUACGAGCCUGCUCUGCUCCCAUUGGACAUCCGCCACUCACAGUAACACUCAGCAGGAUGGAGCAGCAGACCUUUAGGAAGAAGAACAUGGACGUUUGUCUUCGCAGACUGAAGCAGGAGCUGAUGUCCAUGAAAGAAGCAGGAGAUGGUCUCCACGCUCAGAUGAAUUCGAUGAUGGGAGCCCUCCAGGAACUCAAGCUCCUUCAGGUCCAGACCACUCUCGAAAGCCUCAGCCUGUCAGCUCGACCGGUCCUAAGAGGUGGAACCAAUCACCGGGACACACUAGUUUCUGGCACAACGUCUACAAGCUCUUCAGUCGGAGAUCACAGGUUGUCUGACACACUCAGCCUGAGUCCGGACACUUCCAUGGAGUUCGGAGCCACGUUUUCCAGAGAUGGACAAAGUAGAUACAGCAGUCAAGAGACUUUGUCUUCUGGAUCUAGUCUGGAGUUGGACAGAGUAACACAAAGCGAGAAUAACCAGGAGGCGUUACCAAGGAGGUGGUCAGGCUACAUGGCACCACAGGUAGACUUCUAUGGGCCAGUGGUGGGGACACCUCCACCAGAACCAUACGUCCAACCCCAGGCUCAUCCGCGUUCACAGGUGGUGGAUCUGCCAAACAUCCUCAACAGACUCUCCAGGGAAGGUCCAUCAUUGGACAACAACUACUCCCAGGACGGUGUUGAUGAUGCCGGCGACUGGACUUCCUCGCUCAUGAGCCGCACUCGCAACCGCCAACCUUUAGUGCUUGGAGACAACAUCUUUGCCGACCUCGUAGGCAAUUGGCUGGACUUGCCAGAGGUAGAGACGGAUGUGGGGAAGGAGGAGACGAGGAUGAAGAGGGAGGUGGAGAUGGCAGAGGAAAGCUCCGACAUACCGGACGCUCCGGCUCACCCACUCCGUCUUAGCCGCUCUCAGGAAAUCUGCCGGAAGUUCUCGCUCACCACAAACAUCUUCAAGAAGUUCUUCCGCAGCGUUCGACCAGACCGGGACAAGCUGCUGAAGGAAAGGCCCGGCUGGAUGGCGCCUGAGCUCUCAGAGGGCGACUUCUUUAAACGGCCCAGAAAGAUGGCUUCCAAAAGCAGCCAGAAAGGAAGCUUCUACUUGCCGUUCUGGGCUAACAACGGACCACAGUGUAAAGGGCGGUUGGGUCACGCUGAAACUCUGACAGAACAAAAUCACUUCCACCACGUCCACGACAAACCUUUCGCAGGGAUUUACUUAGACCGCAGACAGCCAGAGACUAGUUUGAGGAAAUUGCAGCCAUUGUUUGACAACAACAAAGCUGUGUGGGUUUGACAGACCAGCCUGGACCAGGAGCGAACUUCACAGUCACAACAUCUAGACCCUGCAGAUCAUCAGGGCGAUGUCUCUACCUGACAAUCCUAAAACCAUAAACCUCUUUUACCAGGGAGUGUUAAAGACAUUUUUGUACCAGCCAAAGUUUCUCUGACUGGAACAUCUCACAUGGUACUUCAAGGACUCUUACCAAACAGUCCUGUCAGUGUACGCACAAACAUUCUAUUCGGGUCCAACACAAGCUCAUGUCUACCAGCUAAGCCCCUCAGCAUGUCGGUAGAAAGAAACUGUUUGGUUAAGGACCUACAUUCAAACCUAAAGGUGAUUGGAUGACGGUUGUUUGGGUCGUAUCCAUUAUCCAAUCAGAUCAACUCGUUAAAGAGUACAAGGUGCUAGCUUUUGACAAGUAGCUUUUUCUCCAUCGAUGCUAUCCUCUCUAAGUAACCAUAUCGGGAGAUUCUCUGCAGAUAAUUUUACAUCCCCACGUAAAUCUGCCUUACAGAAAACUGGAAAAUUGGACAUUUCUUACCUCAGACUAUAGAAAGAACCCGAGAUUAGAGUUGCUUCUCGGAAACUCGGGUGUAGAAAUGGCCAAUAAUGUCGUAAAAGAUUACUUUAAUGUUUUUAACUCCAUGCAAGGGAAGUGGCCCAACAUCUACUCCACAUUGAAAUUUAAAGACUGCCAAAACAAAGUAAGACUGCGAUGGUCAGCCAUGUUUUUUUUUUUGUUUACUUUGGCCAGGACUACUUUGACGAUGAGGCCUGGUAAGGUCUAAGAGUGAUAUCUGGGUAUAAGAAAUGCCUGCUGGUCAAAAAGUACGGUUAGGAACAUGUAGCAACCGAGCUCCAAGGGAUGUAAACAAAGUAAGAUAGCGAUGGUCAACCAUGUUUUCUUCGUUACUUUGGCCAGGACUACUUUGAGGAUGAGGCCUGGUAAGGUCUGAGAGUGGUAUCUGGGUAUAAGAAAUGCCUCCUGGUCAAAAAGUACGGUUAGGAACAUGUAGCAACCGAGCUCCAAGGGAUGUAAACAAAGGCCAAAAACUGCGGCUUUGACCAAAACGCUAAUAGCUAAUGUCUUUGGAGGCCACUAGCUCGUCGAAGGACAGCAAUAGCGUGCAUGACUAGAUCCCUUCCAGCAGAAGCCGCACGUUCAACUUGUUUGUGUUUUUUGUUAGCCUGCUGUCGUGUCACAUAUUCCUAAUGGCACACACACACACGAGUGGACUGUCACUCCACAUGGGCUGUUGGCACGCAGGAGUGUGUGUGGUGGGUAAACAUGGCAGAACCAACCAUUGACUGCCAUCUGUUAGUAAAAAUAUUUGUAAAAAAAAAAACAACAACAUGACACUUUGUGUACAUAUUUGUCAUCAACAGCUAUUGAACACUACACUAAAGACCAGAUCUUUUUCACACUUUAGCAUUAUUGUGUCAACACUGCCAGCACUUGGACCACCGAAUACGUAAGACAAUCUGACGCACUCGUCAUCUAACUUAUUCAUAUUUUCCAACUGACCAAUCAGAGUAGCCAAGAAAGAUUAGGAGCGUCUUGGCCACGUCCUCCUUAUGGUGGCUCCGUCUCAGGGUCCAGGUCCCUACGUCACACACAAGGCCCACAUUUUAACACACGCUAAAUAAUUGGGUUUUUUUACGUCCUAAAGGUGUGGUUGUUGGUUUUUUUAUUCGUCAGUUAUGCAAAUUGUUACUGGAGAUUCUGUCAUGUGUUUUGUAAACUCUUUUGAAUACAAUAAACCUGCUU